ACAACAAAAGACGUAAAACAUGCGACAAUUCGGUGCAAACCACAGGCAAAGCUACCUGUUUGUUUUCAAUUAGGAAGAUGAUGGGAUUGGUGUGAAUAGGUGACGUGGAAGGUUUUAUUUACUAGUACGAUGGAUACGCAGCCAAAAUUUAAUCAUACCGCAUUCCCUUUUGAUGCUGUUAAGCAUCUAAGAAUAACAUCAUUAUGGAAAUAUCUUCUCUCUAUUGAUUGGACUGAACCAUGGCUAAUUGGUCUUGUGGUAUUCCAUGCAGUUUGCCUCCUAAUCACCUUAGUUUCCUUCAAAUUUUACAGACUUCAGGUUGCUCACUUUCUUAUCAUGGUGACAUUAGUAUUCUGUGCUGAAUAUAUCAAUGAGUUUGCUGCAAUGAACUGGAGGUUGUUUUCAAAAUACCAGUAUUUUGAUUAUAAGGGAAUGUUCAUUUCAGUGGUAUUUUCAACCCCUAUGCUACUGAAUGCUGCUGUUAUUGUGAUUGCUUGGGUAUACAAAACCAUAACAGUUAUGGGAGAAUUGAAAACCAUACAGAUGAAAAGAAAAGCAAACAGAGAAGGCCGAAAAAAAGCAGAAUAAUUUGUUCUGAUCUUAGUGCUUUGCUUGUGCCAGCUUUCAACUGUGUUUUUAUUAAAAGUCUUCCAUGAAGAAAACACAUUCCUUGCUUGACUUAUGGACAGAAAUGUCUCCGUAUUGAAAAAAAAAAAGAUUUUAUUAUUCCUUGUGCUAAGUAAGCCAUAAGCUGUAAUGAUAAGUCCUGUAGUAUUGAACUAAAGUGGACUGGUGAAGUGACUUUGACCAGUUCUUCUUAACUGUUACAGUACACUUUCAUUUGAUUGUAAAGUUGCAGUUAAAGGAGAUGUUUUAUAUUUGUUUUUCUUUUGCUAUACAUACAUUCAGUGUUUUCCUAGCUAUAAGUAAACACUUUCAUAUAUGCGAAAUGAACUUUAAAAAAAUAAAACCAUUUCCAUCUAA